AUGGAAAAGAAGGAAGAUUCAACAACAUCAUCUAUAGAUUCACUUAGUCAAACAGAUGAACAGAAGCGUUUUGAAUCUAAUAAUAUUGUUUUAUCUUUGCUGAAGCUUAGCGUUGGUCCGCUAAUGUUUAAUUGCGGCAUAUCUUUUCAUGAUGCAGUCGAUAUGAUGCUAAUAUCUAAAUCAAUUGGUGGAAAUUCCAUCCAAAUUGUUGGAUUUUCAUCAUUAAUACGCUAUUUGUGCGUAUGCGUCACAAUUUUCUUUGCACAGUCAACAAUUGCCAAAAUUGCAGCACUCAUUGGUGCAAAAAAGACAGGAGAUGCAUGCCAAGUUAUUACAGACCUUUUUCGAAUUUCAUUUAUAACUAUGAUCUUAGUUUCAACGAUGUUUUACUUUGUAUCUAUCCCGAUGCUUAUAUUUAUGGGAUGUACACAUGAUAUAGCCGUUGAGGCAAGGCGAUAUCUAGCACCAAUACUAAUCGGAAUACCAUUCAUGGCAUUAUUCCAACUUAGUUGUGGAUUUAUACAGAGUCAAGGACGAUCAAUACUAUGCGGAUUAUUACAGUUGGCAGCUUUCGCUUUAAACUGCGGAAUCAUUUCUCCAAUUCUUCUAUUUGCGGUUAAAGUACCAAUCAAAUAUGCAGGAAUUUCUUUUGUCCUAUCACAAAGCAUCCCAGGUAUUAUUUUAACAAUUUUGAUCUUCAAAGGAAAAUUUAAUAUUCAACCAGAAAUUUCUAUGUUUCUACGUCGAAUAUCCAAAGGCACACUUAAUGCAUUAUUAUUAGGUACUCCAUAUAUCUUAAAUAUCCUUGCAGGUGCAAUUCCUCCGAUGAUUUUGCUCCGCUACAUGAUGCUUGCAGCUUCCAACUCAGGGGAAGCUCCACUCAUUGCGUCUGCAUUUUCUGUCUUCUUAAAACUGCAAAGCGCCAUAAAUUCAGUUUCAAUUGGAAUUAAUCAAGGAUUAAUGGCAACUGGAAGUUACGCAAGAGGAACAGGAAACUAUGUGAGGCUCCUCCAACUGUUUAUUCGUGCAGUUUUGAUAACUGCUACUUAUCAUUUAUGUUGGAUACCUUUAAUGGAAACUCGCGCGGAUUUAAUUGCUAAAAUAUGGAUGUCUGAUAAGGAACAACUUAGUUUCACAAGAUAUUUCUUACGGAUUCCAUUUUAUACUAAUUGGCUAGUUCCAUUAAAUGAUUCAACCGUAAAUUUUGUCCUUGCGUCAGGAAAACCAGUUCUUGCGAUGAUUCCUUCUUUUGUUCGCGGUAUUGUAUGUCUGAUUGCAACAUUUUCGUUCUAUUACACAGGAAAGAAUCAACCAAAAAGAAUGAUGUACACUUACAACACUUAUGAUGUUACAGUUCUUUUGUUUGAUAUAGGUUUAGUUAUCUAUGACAUCAAAUACUUGAUGAAACUAAUAAAAAAGGAUGAUUCUGAUGUGGUUCAUAUGAAUCUCGUGUAA